GCGCUGUGUUGAACGCUGCGUUCUGAUUGGUCCACACGCCAAACUCGUAAGGCGCAGCGCUCUUAUAUAAACGCAGGCAGACCUGAUGUUGGCUCCAUCUGUCAUGACAUUCAAAGAGACCGUGAGGAGUCCAGUUUAGAGAGACACUGUCGGCACCACUGCUGUACUUGUCCUUCAUUAUUUCCACACACAUCUGUUCUCUUUUCCAGCGCUUUUGGAGCGAUCUCUUCUUUAUGAAGUGCACACAGAGCAGGCGGCGCCUCUUUCCGCUGAGUUCCAUCACCUUCUGUGCUGAGAGGACGAUGCCUUUGAGGAGUCGACUUUUCCUCUUGAUGGUGCUGAACGCAUCUGCAUAUGAAUUGGACCAGAACGAGUCUUAUGCGCCCAGGAGAGCACGCUUCUCUUCCAACAGCCCUUCAGAUGUGGCACGCUGUCUCGACAGUGCCCUCCAAGUUGGCUGCGGAGCCUUUGCCUGCCUGGAAAACUCAACUUGUGACACAGAUGGCAUGCAUGACAUCUGCAAGUCCUUCUUAUACAGUGCUGCUAAAUUUGACACUCAGGGUAAAGCAUUUGUGAAGGAGAGCCUUAAGUGCAUUGCCAACGGCAUCACGUCAAAGGCAUUCACAACCAUCCGUCGUUGCUCCACCUUCCAAAGAAUGAUAUCUGAGGUCCAAGAGGAGUGUUACAGCAAGCUGGAUAUCUGCACUGUGGCCCGAUCUAAUCCAGAUGCUAUUGGUGAAAUGGCACAGCUGCCAAGUCACUUCCCUAAUAGGUUUUAUGGUAAACUGCUGCAAAGCCUGAUGGACUGUGAUGAGGACACGGUGGACCGCGUCAGGACCAGCAUGGUGUCACAGCUAGCCCCAGAGAUGACUAUGCUUAUUCAGCUGCUGCAAAACAAGCCCUGCCCAUCCACUGCUGUGGCUGUAGCUGCCACCAUCCCAACUGGAGUGGAGGGUCGUGGGAGCUGGCGCUGGUCCAUGGGUCCCCAUAUGUACAAGAUCCAGCCUAAUCUGCGAAACAGAGACCCUGCCAGUCAUCAUUUUGGCAAAAAACGCUCUGCAAGUGACAGCUCUUAA